GAAACUGUAAUAAUAAGAAAGAAAUUUACUCUGUGUCGUUGGAACGGUUAACAACAUUUUGCAAGCGUUUGCCGGAUAUUACUUUUCAUGCUAUCAGGAUAAUUUUAGUUUUGCCUCAAAUAGUUAAGGUUAAUAUUUCAAAGUUAAGGUUCGCCAUGGACCUACCAAAGCCGCCAGAAGAGCCUGAGUUGAAGAACAUCAUUGACAAACUGGCAAACUUUGUGGCAAGAAAUGGACCAGAAUUUGAAAACAUGACUAAACAGAAGCAACAAGAUAAUCCAAAAUUUUCUUUUUUGUUUGGAGGAGAACAUUAUAGUUACUAUCAAUAUAAAGUACAGACAGAACAAGCCAUAAUAAAUGUACAGAACAAGAAGAUCCAAGAACAAGCUCAGCAACAACUGCAGCCCCUGCCACAGCCUCCACCCCAACAACCUCCUCUAGCUGCCAUCAGUCAGAUCACAUCAGUAGCUCCGGGCGUGAUCCCUCCUCCCCAGGUGGCACCAUGGCCUACUUCAGCUCCUCCCCCAUCAUUACUGCCAUCUAUAACAAUACAGCAGGCAGCACCUAUAGAGCAACCUCCGCCUGGUCAGGCCCCGCCCCAGACACCACAACAACAACAAGUGGCCCAGCUGCAGCAGCAGAUACAGUUGCAGCAGACCCAGAUACAGAGUCAACAACAAAUGAAUGAGCAGCAGAUCACACAAUCAGAGCAGAACCUGGCAGCACAGUACCAAAGCUUUAUGCAGCAACAACAGUCACAGAUAGAAGAUGCAAUAUGGGGUAAUAAAGCAGAACAGUUACAGAAGUUGAGUGAGGAAUGUGAAAUCUCCCUAGAUGACCUUGAUAAAACUGUACAGCCUAUUAUAGAAUCAUGUACCAAAGAUGCCAUUCAGAGUGGUAAAAGUUGGAUAUUCCAGCACUGUACAACAGACCAACAAUCACAGCUUAUUACUUUAUUCCUUGUUAAAAGAAUAAUGGCCAAGGAUGCAAGUUUUGAAUUGCGGUUACACCUGAUCUAUUUAAUAAAUGAUUUACUUCAUCACUGUCAAAGAAAGAAUGCGGAACUUCUAAAGUCACAUCUAGCACAGAUUGUUGUCCCGGUGUUUUGUACAGCAUUAGUGGGCGCAGACGAUGCCAAGAAAGUUAAACUGAAUAAGUUACUGACAUUAUGGGAACAAAACAAAUAUUUCACCCAGGACACUAUAGAGAAAAUGAAAGAACCAGAUCAAGCAUUGUCAAAUUAUCACGCCGACCUUAUAACAGAGAAUGGACCAAUCGUAACACAGAUCAGCUCCGGGAUACAGAUACAGUACCAGUCAUUACAGAAACAACACAAUGAUUUCUGUAAUCACCUCACCACACAAUUACAGCAGCUACAAACACAACUUACACAACUACAAACACAGUUAGCACAGGCACAGGCUGCAGUGAUAACACAGUCUAUAGCUCCCGUGGUAACAGUGACAUCAGCACCAGCAGUUGAUUCUACAGCACCAAGUGGACCUGACAGUGCUGUGUUUCAGGGAAAUUUCAAUCCUCCUCCAGGACCAUUUGGCCCUCCUCCACCAUUUACAAGACCACCAUUAGGACCAGGCCCUCCACAUCCACCACCCUUUGAUUACCAUGCUCCAUGGCAAGGUCCACCACCCUCAGGACCUGGUGGCCCAGGCUUCCCGAUGCCGGACUUCAGUAAGCCCCCUCCAGGAUUCCCGCCCCCGGGGAUGCAGAGGAUGCCCCUCCAGAUAUUGAUCUCACUCCGUCAGUCCCAUACUAUGAGUUACCAGCAGGGUUAAUGGCUCCACUU